CGGAGGGGUCGUGGUCGGGGGUCGUCGUGGUCCCUGGGCGGGAUCGUAAAGCAUUGAAUACGCGGGCCCCGCAUCCCUCCGCGGAAGCGGGAGAUCCCCAACUGCCAGUGCCAAUCUGCUCGUUACCGUAAUGCGUGUAACCAUCGGCCCCUGUCGAAAGGGGGUGCCCUGCCGCGGUGAAUAGAAGAUACAGGGGGGCCUUCCGGGAUGCUCGUUGGCAAUGUCCUUAUUCUUCUUGCCUAGAAUGGAAGCCCGCCUCUGCCGUAUUGCAUCUCAUAUACGGGCCGUAUGCCACGAUCACCGAACUCCUGCCUCCAUUCCAGCGGGUUAUUCAGCCUGAAGAAAUGUGGCUCUAUAAAAACCCUUAUGUAGAGUCUGACCAUGUACCUGCCAAGCCUAUGUUUUUCAUUUCCUUUUUGUCUCCUCUGGUCCUGAUUCUGCUGGCCAAAUUCUUCAUGAACACGGACCAAGAUGACACACGGGAGGCCUGCUUAGCUGCCAGUUUGGCUCUUACCCUGAACGGAGUCUUCACCAACGCUGUGAAGCUGGCAGUGGGCAGGCCUCGGCCUGAUUUCUUCUACCGCUGCUUUCCGGACGGACAAGCCUCCCUUCCGCUCUUGUGCACGGGUGAUGCACAAGUGGUGACCGAAGGACGCAAGAGCUUCCCCAGCGGACAUUCCUCUUUUGCCUUUGCUGGCCUCGCCUUUGGCUCCUUCUACAUCGCAGGGAAGCUCCACUGCUUUGCGCCCGGAGGCCGUGGACAGUCCUGGCGGCUCUGUGCCUUCUUAGCGCCGCUCUUUGUGGCGAUGCUCAUUGCUUUAUCCCGCACCUGCGAUUACAAGCACCACUGGCAAGAUGUGCUGGUCGGCUCAGCUAUGGGCUUUGUGUUUGCGUACCUAUGCUACAGACAGCAUUACCCUCCCUUGACAGACUCCGAAUGCCAUCAGCCACUGCAGCGGAAGUCCAGACUCUCGGGCCCAGAGAGGCAAAAGCUGACCCUCUCGGGCUUCAGCUUAGAUGUAUAAAGUCCUAGUAGGAUCCUCUGCAUGUGCCGUGACCUGGAAGAGAAAGGGGAGCACUUCCUCCUGUGUGACCUUGUUUGUGGCUGGAGGAGAAAGGAGCCCCGUAUCUAAAGUGCCAGCUGCUUCGUCAAGACUUUGGACAUCCUCCUCUUGUUUUCCUUUUGAGCCUAUGGGCAUGGAAGAGAGUAUUUCAUUUUGCUUGUGUUACCGUGAUGGAAGUUGCCAGCCUGAAAUGCAGGAACAGAGGAAGCUGGCUUAUACUGAGUCAGACCUUGGGUUCAUUCAGCUCAGUAUUGUCCACUCUGACUGGCAGCAGCUCUCCAAGGUUUCAAGCUGGAGUCUUUCCCAGCCCGACCUGGAGAUGCUGCCAGGAACUGAACCUGGGACCUUCCGCAUGGAAAGCCAAUGCCCUGCCAUGGAGCUAUGGCCUCAUGCCCUAAAUAUUGCAGCUCGAUGGGUAGGUGUCUUCUAUAGAGUCAGACCAUUGGUCCAUUUUGCUCAGUAUUGUCUACUCUGACUGGCAGCAGUUCUCCAAGGGUGCAGGCGGGAAUAUCUCUCAGCCCUAUCUUGGAGACGCUGCCAGGGAGGGGACUUAGAAUCUUCUGCUCUUCCCAAAGUGGCUCCAUCCCCUAAGGGGAAGCUCUUACAGUGACACAUCAAGUCUCCCUUUCAAAUGCAACCAGUGCAGACCCUGCUUAGCUAAUGGGACAAGUCACGCUUGCUAGCCACAAGACCAACUCUCCUCUUCUGCAUGCAAGCAGGUGCUCUGCCACUGAGCUCCAGCCCAGUAUGCAUUUCUCCUCGAAUCAUGGCAUCGUGAUGGACCAAAGACAAUCCAAUCCAGUUCCUUGCUGCAAAAGCAGGUUGUCUGUGCUGCAGCUCACCAUUCCACAAAUCAGCCAUAAUGCAGUCUCGGCUGGCAGACAUGAGCGGUGCACGGUAGAAAAGGUGCCGGUGAUGCACUAGCUGCUGCUGAUUUAAGCCAGACGCUAGCCACAUGCUAGAAGGGUCAUUGGAACAAUGUAGAUCUAACGUGGCUUUAGCACGUAGGUCAGAGUUCCUGUUCUGCAUUGGCUGCCUCCUUAGCUAGAUAGGAACAUAGGAAGCUGCCAUAUACUGAGUCAGACCCUUGGUCCAUCUAGCUCAGUAUUGCCUACACAGGCUGGCAGCAGCUUCUCCAAGGUUGCAGGCAGGAAUCUCUCUCAGCCUUAUCUUGGAGAGGCUGCCAGGGAGGGAACUUGGAACCUUCUGCUCUUCCCAGAGCAGCUCCAUCCCCUAAGGGGAAUUUCUUACAGUACUCACGCAUGUAGUCUCCCAUUCAAAUGCAACCAGGGUGGACCCCGCUUAGCUAAGGGGACAAGUCCUGCUUGCUACCACAAGACCAGCUCUUCUCUCCUCUCUUAGGGUCUCUAGAUCCUAACCCUUUUCCACACCCAGCUCUAUUCCCCUGCCCACUAUCCACUCUCUUGCAUGCACACAUCUGCUGUUAUUAAAGUCUAGCCUGCAGAUGUCUCGCCAUCAGAAAGAGCCUUGGAGUGAUGCCCUAAAGACUUAUGGAAGCAUCAGCUUUGAGGGCUAGAGGCCACUACACCAGAAUCAUGAAGUGCCACUUGCAGCGCAUAUACCGCUGUGAGAGCACAGCUCUCUGGCCAAGGCAUGUGCUUUUUUGACGUUCUGUUGCUAUGCAGCCCGAAAACGCCAUUCUUCAUGGCAGAAAAUUGAUUGGUCCAAACAGUUUGGAUGUAUUCUAUCCACGCUUCAGAAAAAUCUGAUGAAUUGUGGCCAUGUUGCGGUCCUUUUUAAAGUUUGCUUUCAGCUCCAGUUUUCACACUCUGAGAACAUCGGAACGGCCCUGCUGGAUCGGGCCCAAGGCCCAUCUAGUCCAGCGUCCUGUUUCACAUGUAGACGCCCCACAAAGUCUCUCCUAUGCAGUCAUAUGGGAGGAUAAGAAUUGUGAUUUGUACAGACCUGGAGCCUGAUUUGUUCACCACUCCCGCUAUCAAGGUACAGGAGCAUAGUCUGGAUUUUCACAGGGUUUAAAGGCAUCUUAAUCUGGUUUGGCCUUCAUCUGUGUGCACAGCAUAUUGUGUGUAUGUAAGGCAACAGUGGCUUAGAUUGAUUUGCGCCUGUGCUGUCAUCGAUGUUCCCUCUAUUUUUCCCCCUCUGGACACGAAAUGAGUUUUGUUCUGGAUGGCAGUGUAUAUGCACGCGCAGUAUCAAAGUAGUGUGUGCACACAUGCAUUCAGAGUGGGGCCUUCCUGAUUCAACCUGAGCAGGAUCUAAAAUUAACUGAGCAGACUUUUAAAAAAAGUGUGUGCACACAGACAUGCACAAGCCUUAGAGCAGGGUUUCUUAACCUUGGCCCCCCAGAUGUUGUUGGACUACAACCCCCAGAAUCCCCAGACAUUCCCUAGUAUAAUCCCCUUAUACUAUAGGUUUGUAUAAGGACAUUAAAAUAUUAGCAUUUUUUAAUUUUUAGUCCCCUUCCUAAUGAGCCCUAGCAUGGAAUUUGCCUUUUUCACAGCUGCCGCACACUGACUAGACACUUUCAUCGAACUGUCCACCAUAACCCCAAGAUAUCUCUCAUGGUCCGUCACUGACAGCUCAGAUCACAUCAGUGUAUAUGUGAAGUUGGGGGUUUCUUGCCCCAAUAUACAUCGCUUUAUACCUGCUUCCAUUGAACUGCAUUUGUCAUUUUGUCACUCACUCCCCCAGUUUGGAGAGAUCCUUUUGAAGCUCCUCCUCACAAACCUUUGGAUUUCACUUCCCUAAAUAGUUUAAUAUCAUCUGCAAAUUUGGCCACCUCACUGCUUACCCCAACUUCUAGAUCAUUUGUGAACAAUUAAAGAGCACCAAUCCCAGUACAGAUUCACGGGGGACCCCACAUCUUACUUCCCUCCAUUGUGAAAACUCUCCACUUAUUCCUACUUUCUGUUUCCUGUCCUUCAACCAGUUACCAAUCCACAUAUGAACCUGUUCUCUUAUCUCAUGACUGUUAAGUUUACUCAAGAGCCUUUGGUGGAGAUCUUUGUCAAAAGCUUUUUGGAAGUCCAAGUAUACUAUCCUUUAUCCACAUGCCUGCUGCCAAAAAACUCCAAAAGGUUAGUGAGGCCAGACUUGCCCUUGCAGAAGCCAUGCUGGUUUUCCUUCAGCAUAGCCUCCUAUAAGUUUAACCAUUUUGCCCUUAAGAAUGCUUUCCGUCAAUUUAUCCAGCACAGAAAUUAAGCUAACUGGCCUGUGGUUUCUCGGAUACCCCUGGAUCCCGUUUUGAAAACCGGAGUUACAUUAGUUAUUUUCCAGUCCUCUGAUACAAGAGUAUGACUGUAGAGACAAGUUAUAUAUUUUUGCUAGGAGAUCAGCAAUUUCACAUUUGAGUUCCUUCAGAACUCUUGGGUGGAUACCAUCUGGCUCUGACAAUUUGUUAAUUUUUAGUUUUUCAGGACAGUUUAGAUAAUCUCUCAUCGUCUCAGAUUGGCUCAGUUCUUCAGCCUCCAAGCCUAGGUCUGAAGUGGGUAUAUGUUCAGUAUCCUCUGCCAUAAAGACAGAUGCAAAGAACUCAUUUGGCUUCACUGCAAUCUUCUUAUCCUCCUUAAUAAUCCCUUUCAUGCCCUCAUCAUCUACCAGAUUUUCUGGCAGAUUUUCUGCUUCUGGUAGAUUUUGAAUAAGUUUUUGUUAUGCCCCUUGACUCUUCUAGCUAUAUGCUCCUCAAUCAGAGGGAUUUUACUUUUGCAUCCCUUCUUGUCUCCUUGCAUUUCUUUUGCCAGAGUUUAUGUUCCUUUCUGUUCUCUUCAUUUGGGCAGGACUUCCAUUUUCUGAAGGAAGUCUUCUUCCCUUUUAUAGCUUCCCUGACUCUACUUGUUAGCCAUGCUGGCAUCCUCCUGAACUUGGUGGUACCUUUCCUCUUUCUUGGCAUACAUUCCAACUGUGCUUUUGUUAUUGUGAUUUAAAUAAGUCCCAUGCUUUCUGGAGUGAUUUGAAGCCCUUGACUUUCCCUAUCAGAUCCUUUUUAUCCAUCCCCUCCUUUUUGAGAAGUUUCCUCCUCUGAAAUUCAACACAUCUCUGUGUUGGACUUCCUUGGCAAUGCUCCACUCGCAUAUAAGCUGAAUUCAAUAGCCACUGUUGUCUGAACAUCUUUACAGUCAACCCAUUUUACGCCUGCUCUUACAUUGGCUAGACUUUAAGUCUGUGGAAGGAUUGUGGCUAUUAUUAUAAAGAUCACACACACAGUUUUUCAUUUAUAAUAUUUUGUACAUUUAUAGUGGCCAAAUCACUGUUGUCUGAGUUUCAUUGUUUUACUGUUGUGUUCUUGGUUUUAAAAUGUCCAAUAAAAAUGCCAGUACUUUGAAGAACAAGA